CAUUCGAUGAAGGCAGUCGUCUGAGAAUGGGUGGAUGGGGCUUAUUGAAGCAUUUAUCCAUUCUUUGGUCCUACCCCGAGCGGCUCUGGGAGAGCAGUGACGGGACUUCCUUCUGUUCACCACACUUGGAAUCUCUUACCGUUGGGCAUUUCAAUCUCGACCUAGUCCAAGAAAUCUCAGUGCGCUGGUCUUGAUAUCAGCUCCGUUCGGCAGUUCUCUGCUGCCAUGGAGUUGAAGGACGACGACUCUGUCGUACCUAAUAUCCAGGACCUCUUGACACAAUUCUCAGACACGCUGGAAUAUCUCGCUUUGGAGAUGAUGCUUCACAUGACUGCUAUAGAAUUCCAGAAGAGAUACAUCUACUUUGACUUGCAUCUGUGUCGCAACCUGCGGGUGGUGCACAUUGGGAUUGAUAUACCUCUUGACCUUUUCCCGUUUAAAUGCCUGAGUCGUUCCGUGCAGGAAAUCACCGUGGAAGUGUCCUUCAAAUCGCAGUCAUAUCCGGAUUGUUGCAACUGGUCUGUGAUAGAUUCUUCGAUUGGGGAACAGGAUCUACCGUCGCUAUGCUUGGUCAAACUUAAUAUCCACGUUUCCAAGGGCUUAACUUGUAGCCUUGCCAUCUGCGACUGUGGAGCCGAUGAUAGUAUUGAUGUCUCGGAGGUUAUACGCAAUAUGCCUCUUUUACAUAGCAAAGGAAUCUUACUACACGUUGAUUGCAAGCUCAAACGCACACUUUGGAGCAACAUAUAUUCUUAGUACGAACAAUUCUAUGCACAAUGUCAUAGGGCCAAAACACUGAGCUGAUAUCUAUACACCGUCGCAAUUCUCGUCAAGGCAAUACCUGUUCUGCUCUGAGCACAAAAUAUUCUUGAAUCUCUGUUUCAUCGUGCCGUCGUUUGCUGGCCCCCAGCUUUUUCUGAUAGACGGUCAAACUGAAAGAUG